AUGUACGCAGAAGGGGGCGGACGUAGCCCCGGAGCCGUCGGGGCGGUACCUUCCUGCAUCGGCUUGGAGGGUGCCGAGUCCCAAAGGCCAGUGAACGCCUGUGCUGGAGCCCAGGGCAACGGAUCUCAAUCUGGAAGCCAAGAGCGCAGCUCCGGGAGCUUGGACACCGUGGAGGUGCCGGCGGGGGCGGCGCUGGCUCUGCGGCUGCUGAUCGCCGCGGUGUACCUGGCAGUGUGUGCGGUGGGCCUGGUGGGUAAUGUGCUGGUGAUGGUGCUGGUGCGGGCGCGGCAGAGACGCCGGCCGACGGCCUUGAACUGCUUCGUUCUCAACCUGGCGGCCACCGACUUCCAGUUCGUGCUGACCCUGCCCUUUUGGGCGGUGGACACGGCGCGAGACUUCAGCUGGCCCUUCGGGAGCGCCAUGUGCAAGAUCGUGCUUUCGCUGACGGUGCUCAACAUGUACGCGAGCGCCUUCUUCCUCAGCGCCAUGAGCAUCGCUCGCUACUUCACCGUGGCGUGCGCGUUGCGCCGCCACAACCUCGACGGCGGAGGGUCCGUCUGCUGCGGGCGGGCCACCCCGGGCUGGGUGUGUGGCCUGCUCUGGGUCGCCGCCUCCCUGGCCACAGCACCUACGGCCCUCUUUUCCACUGUGGCCAGCGUGGCGGGCGAGCGGCUCUGCCUGCUCCGCUUCCCCGACGGCAGCUGGGACUGGCUGGCUCUGUAUCACGUGCAGAAGAUAACUGUGGCCUUCCUGCUGCCCCUGGCCACCCUGUCCGCCUGCUAUCUGUUGCUGGUACGCUUCGUUCGCAGCCGGCCCCGGCCUUGGCUCCGAGGAACCGCCCCCGGGUCGUCGGGGACCUCCAGUAGUUCUCGGGGGCCCUCACGCGUGACCCGCUCCGUGACCGUGGUUGUGCUCGCCUUCUUCCUCUGCUGGCUGCCCAAUCAUGCCAUCACUCUGUGGGGCGUGCUGGUCAAAUUCAACGCCGUGCCCUGGGACCGGGCCUACUACCUGGUGCACAGUUACCUGUUCCCGGUGACCAUCUGCCUAGCGCACGCCAACAGCUGCCUCAACCCGCUGCUUUAUUGCCUGCUGCGCCCGGAGUUCCGGCAGCUGCUGUGGGAGCUGUGCUGCCGCCGCUGCCGCCGGGGCAGUCUCUUGUCCACCCGGCCAGGCAAGGGAGGACCCUCGAGCGCCGCCCCAGGACCGGCCCCGAGGCAGUGGAGGAGCUCGAGCCGCAGCGAGCCGCCGCCUCCGCUGGACCGAGCCUGA